GGCCACUUUUGCGUCAUCAGAUACUUCACCACCCCUCUGAACUGAAGUCAAGAAAGACGACGAGCCAUUUCCCGAUUCUCUCGCCGAGCUUUAUACUCGCGAGAACAUCCACCACGAACCUCUCUUCAUCACCCGUCGCACACAUGUCUGAGUCAAGAGCCGGCCCCCCGCCGCCGCCGCCACCCACCAAAACCUCGCUGAAGCCCUCGCUCACAGUCACCAUCCUAUCAGUUUUGGCUCCGGUUCUAGCGAUCACGAUCCUGUACCGACUAGAGCCCUUUGAUCCGGCUCCGCUGCCCCCCCAUGGGCUGUCCGGGACAGUCGCCGCCCCGAGGGAGAACAGCCGCAUGCUGCGUGGCACGGAGAUGGUCGGGGCCGGGCGAGUGGUGGGCCCCGAGGACGUGGUAUACGACCCUGAGUCGGGGGUCAUCUACGUGGGGUGUGCGGACGGGUGGGUAAAGCAGGUGGAGGUGAGCGGCUCAGGCAAGGACUUUGCGGUGGAGGACUGGGUCAACACCGGCGGGAGGCCACUCGGCCUCACCCUUGGGCGGGACAGCGAACUUAUUGUGUGCGACUCCUAUAAGGGGCUGCUGAAGGUGAGCAAACGCGACGGAACCGUGGAGCUAUUGACGGAUGAGGCGGAAGGCCUGAAGUUCAACCUAACGGACGGUGCGGACGUGGCCCGUGACGGGACGAUAUACUUCACCGACGCCUCAUACAAGUACACCUUGAAAGAGGCCAUUUGGGACGUCCUGGAGGGCCAGCCGCACGGGAGGUUCUUGAGCUACGACCCGACGACCAAAGAGACUCGAGUGCUGGCUCGGGAUCUCUACUUCCCCAAUGGCGUCGCGCUCUCGCCCGACCAAAGUUUCGUGAUCUUCUGCGAAACUGUCAUGAGAUGGUGUAAGAGGUACUAUAUCACCGGUGAGCGAAAGGGACAUAUCGACACAUUCAUCGACCGUUUGCCAGGUUAUCCGGACAACAUCAGAUACGAUGGAGAAGGCCAUUACUGGAUUGCUCUGUACUCGGGGAGCUCGAUGUUCAACAAACUGUUGUUGAAGUAUCCAUUCAUAAGAAAAGGAGCUGCGAUCUUGGAGAGAUUCGACAGACGACCGGUGAUGGACAAGAACAGCGGGGUUUUUCAAGUCGACCUGGAGGGGAAACCGGUUGCGCAUUACUACGAUCCUCAGCUGUCAUUCAUAUCGAGCGGGAACAAGAUUGGUGACUACUUGUACUGUGGCUCCCUCUACUACCCUUACAUCCUUCGCCUCAAGUUAGACUAGAGGCUUCUUGUUGUGAAAUGGGAUUUAAGCAACCGGGCCGUGAUUAUGUUUUGAUUAAGCCGUGCUUGAUUCGGCUUAGGUUUUGCUUUCUUCUCUCUGGUGUCAUGCAAACAAAACUCGUUGGAUAAUUGGUACUGAGAGAAAACUCAUAAAUGUACCAACAUACACGGAAAAGUUGUAAAAAAGUCUUAAAACAUUUUAUGUUUGUGCCAAUUAAGUUCUAAAUA